AAGACCUAUGAACAUAUGGCAAAAAUCAGAACCAUAAGAGAAGCUUCUUCAGAAUGCAACUGCCCACCAGGUCCUCCUGGUAAACGAGGUAAGCGAGGAAGAAGAGGAGAGACCGGACCUCCUGGUCAACCUGGUCCUCAAGGUCCACCUGGUCCAAAAGGUGAGAAGGGAGAUCAAGGUGAUCAGGGCCCUCGGAUGGUGUUUCCUAAAAUCAAUCAUGGGUUUCUUUCUGCUGAUCAGCAGCUCAUUAAACGCCGCCUCAUUAAGGGUGAUCAAGGGCAGGCUGGACCCCCUGGACCCCCUGGGCCCCCAGGACCAAGAGGCCCUCCUGGAGAUACUGGCAAAGAUGGCCCACGUGGAGUGCCCGGGGUACCGGGAGAACCUGGAAAACCAGGUGAAGAAGGUUUGGUGGGACCUCAGGGGCCUCCAGGACAAAAGGGCUCAUUUGGUGCACCUGGUAUCCCAGGAACAGAUGGACAACAGGGAGAACCUGGUGUAAUGGGAGAAAGAGGCUUCUCUGGGCUUAAGGGUGAUCCUGGACAUCGGGGAGAAAAGGGUGAUGCUGGAGAAAGUGGCCCCAAAGGUUAUCCUGGAGAAAAGGGUGAUCCUGGAUCUUCUGCUGCUGGAAUUAAGGGUGAACCCGGACAAUCGGGUAGACCAGGACAAAAGGGUGAGCCUGGACUUCCUGGACUUCCUGGGUUACCUGGAAUUAAGGGUGAACCCGGUUUCCUAGGUCCACAGGGAGAACCUGGAUUGCCAGGAUUGCCAGGGACAAAGGGUGAAAGAGGAGAAAUUGGACCUCCUGGGAAAGGUGAACGAGGUGAGCCUGGAGUUCCAGGGCCAAAGGGGAGGUCAGGUGAAUCUGGAACUAGAGGCCCUAAAGGGUCAAAGGGUGAUCCAGGAAAUAAUGGUGAUUUGGGAGUAAUGGGACCAAGGGGUCCACCUGGAGAAAAAGGUGACCAAGGUGCUACAGAAAUCAUUGACUUCAAUGGAAAUAUCCAUGAAGCAUUACAGAGGAUUACCACCUUAACUGUCACGGGUCCUCCAGGCCCACCUGGACCCCAAGGAUUGCAAGGAUCAAAGGGUGAACCUGGAUCACCAGGAUUACCUGGCGCUGAUGGGGAGCAGGGGUUCAAAGGUUCAAAAGGUGAUCUGGGUGACCCUGGAAUAUCAGGAGAAAAAGGAGGUAUUGGACUUCCUGGUUUGCCAGGAUCCAAUGGAAUGAAAGGAGAAAAAGGAGAUAUUGGAUUACCAGGUCCCCAAGGUCCCUCUAUUGUAGGACCUCCAGGUUCUCCUGGUCCACAUGGUCCACCAGGACCUAUGGGACCUCAUGGACUCCCAGGGCCAAAGGGAGCAUCUGGCUUAGAUGGAAAGCCAGGAGCCCGGGGUAUGGAUGGUCCCGUUGGUCCACAUGGCCCUGCAGGUCCAAAGGGAGACAGAGGUGAAAAAGGAAUUGCAGGAGAUCCUGGGCCCAGAGGACCAUAUGGUUUGCCUGGCAAAGAUGGUGAACCUGGCCUUGAUGGAUUCCGUGGAAUUAAGGGGGAAAAAGGGGAGCCAGGCCAGCCUGGUCUGGAUGGGCUGGAUGCCCCUUGCCAAUUGGGACCAGAUGGGUUACCAAUGCCUGGUUGCUGGCAAAAGUGAUGAAUCUAACUUUGCAAGCAUGAAGUUGUGUAUAUAAUACAUCACCUCCAGUAUUUAUAAUUGAAAAUGGAAGCAUUGGUUUUACAAGUUUGAAAUAUGUUUACAUAGCACUGCUUCUAUUUGUUUGUAGUAGUCAUGUGUAUAUAUGGCUGCAAUCUGGCAAAUAUAAACUGUGCAAUAAAUGUACAGAAUCCAAAUAUUCUGUCUACAGAGCUAAUCCCAAUAGAGUGAUCAUUCAUAGACAUUUGAAUUAUUUCUGUAGUUUUCCUUUUUUACAUUUUGGGAUUAUUAUUAUUUUUUUACUUUUAUUUUUUUGGUUGCAGUCUUGUUUUAUUUGGCUUGUGGACAAGCGUGGAGAAGAAGUGCCAUGAAUUAGGUUACAUUAAUUUGUGACCACAAAUGAACUUGAUAAUAGAUUGCCAUUGGAAUAUAAUGAUUCUGUUGCUGUGUUCACCCUCAUAAACUCUAUCACUGCUCCAUUUCCCAAACUUGCUUGAGCAAAAGCAUGAUUUGUGUGCUAAAACAGCUUGUUGUGCUACAAUGGUUGCUUGCUGUCAUAUGCUACAAUGGCUGUUUGCUGCCAAUUUCACCUGACACGUUGAAUUGUUCUUUCUAUCAUCUCAAGGGAGUCACACCAUGGCUUAUUGCAAAAAAAUGAUACAAGGAGAUUAAGACAAAGCUCUUGAAUUUGGAGGGAACUUCAGUUCCUUCUGACGGUGAAUGGCCUUCAGUCUUCUGGGUUAUGAAACCAUCUUUGUGAAAAAGAAGGAUGAUACCUGUUCAUCAGCCUCUGUUUGCUUGCAUUGCUCACAGUCAAGAAGCAUGGAUUUCCACACAUGUUGGAUAGUUUUACCAAGAAUGAAAGAAGAUGAAGAUCAUGCUUUAUGAGUAAGAUGAUAGAGUUGCAGAGACAUCAAAUGGCUCAUUCAAUGAUAGGUCUUAGUAUCAACUGGUGGACAAUGUAAUAUUCAAAGACUGCUACAAUAUGUGUUUCACAUGUUGUAUUUUCAAGAUGAUAGAAGAAGUGCUUUGACAAAGGUCACCAUAAAAUGCCUUCUUCUCAUAUAAUGAAAUGCGGUUGACUUUUCAUGGUUUGCCAUUUGGAUUUUAGAAAUUCCUGUGCAAUGGCAUAUGCAUGUACGGGCUUGGAGAAUAUAUUUAAUUAUAAUUGAUCAAUGGUUAAAGCAAAUAGCCUCUUUGCUUUCAUGCUUAUAGACAUUCACGUUUUGAAGAACAUAUUUGUGUUUAAUUUUUUUCAGCAGUUGUUUAGACAUAUAAAAGGACUUCUCCAAAAGUAAAGUUCUUUUUUAAAAACUUGUUCAUCUAUUCAUUUUUUAAAAAUUAUACUACAUCACUGCUGGGGUUCCAGGACCCAAAUAGUAUGGAAUUGGUAGGAGCUACAGCAUAGGCUACUUUGUAUCUCAAAUAUAUUGCUAUUUUCAUCUUAAUUUUUUUAAUGUUUCUGUUUUGAAUCCUUCUAUUUAAUAUGUUUAUAUUUAAGCUUAUAUUCUAAUGUAUACUUGAAGGCAUUCUAAGAAAUGAAUUAAUGUUGCUAAUUAUUUUGCUGGGGGAGGAAGAAAUACUGUUAUUGUUCAUAUGGUCAUUACAUUUAAUGAAUGUUCUGUAACUUUUUAAAGGUCUGACCAAAUAAGAAAUUCCAUACACUUUCAAAAAAAAGUCAGAGGGAUAUUUUAAAACUAGAUUAACAAAUAAAUAUCCAUUGCUGAAAAAAAAUCAUUUUUAUCAGCUUGUAAAUGGAAUUAUAUUUAUCACCGUACCAAAUAUUAGUUAAAUCUCAGUACUAUUUUUUACCCUUAGUAUAUCCCUUACUUCCUUUUUUAAAUUUAAUUUUUUGUUUACAGAUCAUUUGUGCACUACCCAGAAUCUACUGGAGAUGAGUGGCCAAUAAAUAUAAAUAAUAAUUAAUAAAAACAAUAUAUGUAUAGCAUUUUUAUUGCUUUUUUUGAACUAAGGAUCUUUUCCUCAAUAUUGAAGCUUUCACAUUAACAUUUUAGCAAGUGUUUCAGUCAUAACCUCUCAACAGCAGAGGAAAAAAGAUUUAGUGCUCAGGAAAUUCAGAGAAAUGAAUGCCUGCUUUUAAUAAAUAUUUUCUUGUAGUUUUAUUAUAUUUUUUAUCAAAACUUGUCCUGUCUGCAUGGAAAGGUAGAAUUGAAAUUUUUGAAAUGCAAAAAUAGGAAAAAUUAGUCUGUGUAUGCAUGUAUAAUUGCGUACACACACAUAAAUACACGUAUUUCAGUAUAUAUUAACAUACACUUUAUCCAUGUAAUGCAGAUCAUUUGUUUGUAAGAUAGAAACUCCUUUCUCUUUUUGCAUAGAAUAUUCAUCCUCAAACAUUUUCCCAAAUCUACUCUGAAGAGUUGUCCAAUUAUCCAAGAAAAAAAUUAUGUCUGUGGAGCUAAUGGUAGCUAGAGAAACAAUUACCUCCAUUUUUUCUGGUUGAUGGAUAAUGUUGAAUUCCAUGCAUACACUUCCUGUAUAUUAAUCUUUGUUAGGUGUGUAACAUCAGGACCAUAUAUAAAGUUCCAAUUAAACUGAUUUAUUAUUACUCAUUCCUAUUGCACAGAAGCUUAACUAAUGGUUACCCAUAUUUUGUCAUUAGAAUCAACUGAAUUCAAGAGGGAUUGGAUUUACCAUAGUCUAUAUGUGAAUACAUAGAAACUAUAAACUGAUUCUUCUUUUGGAUCUGCCACUCCUUUUCCUACAAUCUUUUAUGCAUUUCUCUGUAAUGUAAACUAUUUCUUACUCUAUCUUCUCAAACCAUAUUCAUUUAAAUUUAGAUCUGAUCAGAUAUUACUCAUAUGUAAGCAUAAUGGACAAGCACUGGGCUGUACAUUCCCAACAAAUUAUUUAUGAGAAUCAUUACAGUCUGAAUGGCCACAGUAAAAAUAAACUUAGGUGCCAUUUACAAAUUAUUUUUUAAGUUCUUUUUCCUCCACUUCAUAGGAGUUUACCUAUAAAAUAAAAUGCCUGGGACUAUGAGUGUUCCUUAUCUUCUCAUUAAACAUUACCUUUCUUUUUAUGUUUGUAAAGCUAAUAAUACUAGCUCUAUGAAUACAAGAUGAGGAAGUAGAAUAGUUGGGCUGCAUGGAAAUAUCAAACCUGUGGCUUUACCCUAUGGCCAAGCAUACUAAUCAAAAAUAGAAAAUCGUUGUGGUGAUCCCUUCAGAAAAUCAGGCCUUUGACCCUGGUUUGUUUGUUAGUUUAUUUUUCAGUUGAUAUUUAAAUGAGUUAAUGAUAGGAUAUCAAUCACUAAGUUUAGAAUGAAAUUGUACACUUACAAAUGUUUAUCAAUCUGUGUGCAGGUUGAUGGAAAAGAAUCUAGUCUGUACCGAAGUUAACAAUAUAUGGACUGAGAAUAUGAGCAUGUAGCCAUAAAUUAAUAGAAGCAGCAAUUUGUCUUAUAACAGCUGUAAUUUUCCAGCUGUAGCAAUCAUUGCAAAUGUUUGCUGAUCUUUUAAAAAAAAACACUUGCUGUUUCAGGCUAUUCAUAGAUUAAUUCUUAUUUAUAUUGUUAAAAUCAGAUCCAUUGUAUUGAUACCAUUGUGCUAACUCUACAUGCUAAUCUGACUCGUUAGAUUUUGAAGUAAAAGGAAAUAACACAAUGGUGCCUGGAUCCUAAAAAUCCCUGUUAAAAACAAAAAUGUGCUUAGUCUGGCUAUGUAGUUGUUUUCUGAAGACUUGUUCAUAAAGGUUCUGAAGACCUUUAUGUUGACAUUUAAGAAUUAGUUUGGUGCUAAAAUGUUUUCCAUUCUUC